GGAUCUUACUGGAACAAUGACCCAAUUUUAGAAGAGAGCUUGUCUAGCGUAAUUCUUCGCGUGUGCAAAAGCGAACAAGGCUUGGUUAAUUCAGACUAAAAACAAUCAGUGAAAACGUUAAAAUGGCGUGCAACAACUAUGAAGAAAAGUCCGAUAUUUCUAGUGCACCUUCAAAACAGAAAGUGACGGAAACAAAUGACAAUGAUCCUCCUCCCGACGGAGGUUGGGGAUGGGUCGUUUGUCUGGGUGUGUUUAUGGUGAACUUCCUGACUGUUGGACAACAAAAUUGCGCGGGAGUUGUUUAUGAUGCUUUGAUGGAAAAAUAUUCUACAUCAAGAGGAGAGACAGCUUGGGUUGCCUCGCUGGCGUCCAGUAUGAUGUAUCUGUUCGCUGGUGUGGGCACCUCUCUCGCGGAACGUUUCGGAAGCCGAUUGGUUGUCAUCAUUGGAUCUUUUGUGUCAGCCGCAGGUCUCCUAGCCAGUUCCUUCGCAACAACAAUUGCACCGCUUUAUGCAACCUAUGGAGUUGUCUGGGGUUUGGGGGCAAGUCUUGGCUUUUUCCCCUCGCUGGUAAUCCUAACGAAGUACUUUAAAAGGCGCUUGGCUCUUGUUUCGGGAAUAGCUCUGGCAGGAGCUGCAUCUGGGACUCUGGUUUACGGCCCAAUUGAGAAGCUGUCUCCCAAAUUUGGCAUCUCAACUAUGUUUCGGAUUCUUGCAGGUCUUCAGAGUUUCAUGCUUCUGAGCGCCUUGACGUUUUCCCCUCUCUCCUCGGUAACAAGUAGAAAUCAACAGCCGCGUAACAGAGAAUUCGACUUGCGUUUUUUCAGGAGCAAAGCGUAUAUUAUCUGGGUUGUGGCUCAAUGCAUCUUUAUGGUGGUGUUUCUUGUGCCUUUCGUCCAUUUGGUUCGCUUCGCAGAAGAUAAAGGAGUCACCAAGUCUAGUGCGUCAUUUCUGACAGGUUACUCAGCAAUCGGAGGUUUGCUGGGAAGUUUGGUGCUCGGUGCGCUAUGUGAUUACCCUCAGUUCAACCGCGUUAAAGUUUGUCAAGCCACCUUACUAUGCAUAGCUAUUUCUACGCCUGCUGUAACCAUGGCAACGAAAUACGAGUGGAUAGCCGUGUACGCGUUUACGUUAGGUGUGUGCGACGGUUGUUACGAGAUGUUACUGCCCGUUAUAACGCGUGACAUUGUUGGUGUGAAAAACGUUGGGCAUGCCAUAGGUGCUUUAUACUGUUUAAUGGCGUUCCCCAAAACAUUAGGCCCACCCAUGGUUGGAUGGAUUUUUGACGCCUCAAAAAAUUACAAUGUAUCUUUUUACGUCACAGGCGGCGUGGCGUUGAUUGCUGCGAUUGUUAUGUAUACCGUAAACUGGGUCAAGUUCAAUGACGUGAAUGAAGAGAGGAUGAGAGAAAGGUUAUUACCCUAUAACGAGACUUCAGGAUCAAAUCAGAGCAUACAGUACACCUGACGUUUCAAGGCCAUGGGAUCGGUACCAACACAUGUUCCCAGUUGAGACCGAGCCCGCGUUUACUCUUUAAAGGGUCAGAACGUGCUAACGAGUCAGUUUUCUGAUUGGAUAGAACAACUGGAACGUAUUGUUUUGAUAGGAUCUUGUGUAUUUCUUUUCCUUAGUUACGUUGCAGAAAGCAAGAACU